UCAACGGUCAACCUCCAUCCUCGAUUCUUCCAUCCUCCCUCCUCUCCUCCACUCAUCGUCGAUUCGUCCCUUCUUCCCACCGGGCCACCCGUACCUGAUGAUCAGAUGUCGACCUAGCAACGCGGGGUUGAGACAUUCUAGAAAGAAAGGCUGUCAUCCGGAGUCCGCGCCCACGAGACCUCUUCGUCGCCCUCCACCACGUACUUGGUCUCUUGGUCUCUUGGGCCAAUACAACCUCGAUGCCUCCCCCUCACGACCAGUUGACCAACCCGGCGAUGUUGCAGCCAUCAGCUACGACAUAUCGGACACUACCACACAUCUCAUUCAGCUAUCACUGCGCCAUCUCUCGAACCGACAUUUGACCUUCUUCUUCCCAAGAUUGCCGUGCCGCUUCCACAGACCUUGCCUUUUGAUCGAUUCCCGUUUUCCGUGCAGAACAAGAGCCGAAAUCUGCGCUCCAGCAUCCCUGACCCCUGCUCCUCGAUCUUCGCCGCUGGACCGAGUUUGGGAUUUCCGACCGCCUGGUGCUUUUCGCUUGCGAGUUUCCUAAUCUCAACACUGCCCUAGACUCGAUCUGGUGGACGUGGCAGACCCAAGCAGAGACCUCUUGGGGUAUCACGAGGUCGGUCUUGUACCACCACUCCGAUGCCACACACCCAUUUGCCUAUUGCAUAUGCACUUAUUCAAGGAAAUAGACAUCUGUGGCCUGCCAGUGAACCACGC